GUAUAAAAAUGUUUUCAACAAAAAACAAUAAAAACCCAAUCUUAAAACAAUAAAGAGUUUUAGCCUGAUAUUUAAUUUAACCGUCAAUGGACAAGUUCGGAAGCUUAUUUGAAACCAUCGGAAACUUCUUCACCGGCGGCGAUCAGAUUCCUUGGUGCGACGGUGAUGUCAUCGCUGGCUGUGAAAGAGAAGUUGCAGAGGCGUCUAAUGGUGACUCCGAUGAGCGCAAGAAUGAAAGCAUAAUGAGGUUGUCAUGGGCACUUGUUCAUUCAAGGAAAAAUGAAGAUGUUCAGCGUGGGAUCGCCAUGCUUGAAAUUUCUUUGGGCAAUGAUAAAAGUCCUUUACAUCAAAGAGAGAAGCUUUAUCUUCUUGCUGUUGGGUACUACAGGACUAAUGAAUAUACUAGGAGUCGACAGCUUUUGGAGCAAUGUUUGGAGAUUGCACCUGAUUGGAGGCAAGCAUUGUCCCUCAAGAAAAUAGUCGAAGAUGGAAUUGCAAAGGAUGGUGUAAUAGGAAUUGGCAUCUCUGCAACUGCUGCGGGGAUUUUAGUUGGUAUCGUUGCUGCAGCAUUGUCCCGAAGGUGAAUGUAUACAUUUAAAAUCAGCGGGAAAUAAUCCUUCAUUGACAACUACAACUUUUAUCAUUUUUUUAUUAUUUGUUUAAAGGAGAGUUUUACCGCACAUAUAUAAGUGACAUACUUGAUUUGUAAAUAAAUAAAAGUGAGAAUGCUUGAUUAUUAUGAGAAAUGAUAAUAUAUAAUAAUAGACAAUGAAACAAAAAUUAUCUGUUCA